GCCACGGGUCACAUGAACCAUUCAGAUUCAAGAUUUUGCGAAUUUCGAUCACCCAUAUGGGCAGAUUUUCAGAAUUCAAAUAUGUUACAUCAAUUUGAAUAUGAUGUGCAUGAUACCUAA